CACCCUCCACGCCCCCAAGGUCGCUGCUAUUGUCCGUUUUUGAUCCGAAUGUAGCUGCUGUUACCCCUGCCUGGGAGUGUUCGUUCUCUUUCUCGUCUUUGGGAUCACCACAACCGCCACCAUGUCCGACGCUGAUUUCGAAGCCGUCCGGAAGCUCCAAGCUGAGCGGAACGCUGCUGCAUCUGCGAAGAAAGGUUCUAGGACCUUUGAUCCGUCUAGCCAGCGCACUGACAACUCGACCAAGGCCUCCCUGACUGAAUCCUUCGAUACCACCCUCUACGAACGCGAGGGCGCUGACAAGUAUGCGGGAUACGACAUGUCCAUCGCCGUCAAUGGCGAAGAUGAAGAAAUGGAGGAUGCGGACGGAGGCCACCGUCUGGUGGGCCAAUAUACCGCGACAAGGAGCCAGAUCGAUGAAUUUGCCCAAGGAAAUGGUGUGGAAGAGGAGGACGUUCUCCUAGGACGCGAAAAGGCGGCCAGAAUCGCUGAUCGCGAGACGGACUAUCAGAAGCGUCGCUUCAAUCGUGGUCCGCUGACGCCUACACGCGCUGAUCCGUUUGCCGCGAACGAACAUGCAAACGUGGAAGGAGAGGGCCAGACCUACCGUGAGGUUAUGGCUCUACGUGAGCUUGAAAAAGAAGAAGAGCGUGUUCAGAAGCUGAUCGCAGAGAAGCAGGCCCGUGGAGAGGACGAUGUUCAGGAGCAUGAGGCCACCUUGAAGUCAGAGGACAAAGAAAACGCUGAAGCUGGCUCGACCGUUUCGGUCGCCACCGGUCGCAAGCGUAAACAACGCUGGGAUGUGUCAUCCGAGCCUACUGAGUCGGCUGAAGCUGAGGCCCCGCAGCCCGCAGACACCAAAGCCAAGAGAUCUCGCUGGGAUCAAACGCCUGCGCCUGCUGUUCCUGGCGCCGCCGCCGAGGAAGCUCCUAAGCGUCGUUCUCGAUGGGAUCAAGCCCCAGCCAUUGCGGCAUCCACCCCCGUGGGUAACCAAGGGCUUGCUACCCCGAUGCAUCCUUCUCAAGUAGGUGUGCCUAUGAUGCCCACCAGCUUUGGAACUGAUAUCUCUGCGCGCAAUGCUCCUCUGUCUGAUGAAGAACUUGAUAUGAUGUUGCCCUCGGAGGGCUACAAGAUCCUCGAGCCUCCUCCGGGCUACGCCCCUAUUCGCAACCCGGCGAGAAAGCUUAUGGCGACACCGGCACCUAUGGCCAGUGCGACGGGAGUCGGAGGAUUCAUGAUGCAGGAGCCGGAGAGCGCUCGCGCGAUGGGCAAGCAGCUACCGACUGAAAUCCCCGGUGUUGGUGACUUGCAGUUCUUCAAGCCCGAAGAUAUGGCCUACUUUGGAAAACUUAUGGAAGGUGGGGACGAGAGUGCGAUGUCCGUGGAGGAGUUGAAGGAAAGGAAGAUUAUGAGACUGUUGCUGAAAGUGAAGAACGGCACUCCGCCUAUGAGGAAGACUGCCCUGCGUCAGCUCACAGACAACGCGCGGCAAUUCGGUGCUGGCCCUCUCUUCAACCAGAUUCUUCCGCUUUUGAUGGAAAAGUCCCUCGAAGAUCAAGAGCGCCACUUGUUGGUCAAGGUUAUUGACCGUGUCCUGUACAAGCUGGAUGAUCUCGUUCGCCCUUAUGUUCACAAGAUUUUGGUCGUCAUCGAGCCCCUGCUCAUUGACCAAGACUACUAUGCUCGUGUCGAGGGUCGUGAGAUCAUUUCCAACUUGGCCAAGGCCGCUGGUCUUGCCACGAUGAUCAGUACGAUGCGUCCCGAUAUUGACCAUGUCGAUGAGUAUGUCCGUAACACGACAGCUCGAGCAUUUGCUGUCGUUGCUUCUGCUCUUGGUAUUCCUGCGCUUCUGCCCUUCCUUCGUGCUGUGUGUCGGAGUAAGAAGUCGUGGCAGGCCAGACACACCGGUGUCAAGAUCGUCCAGCAAAUUCCUAUCCUUAUGGGUUGCGCCAUUCUUCCCCAUUUGAAGGGUCUGGUCGACUGCAUUGCCGACAACCUCAGCGACGAACAAGCUAAAGUCAGAACCGUCACUGCCUUGGCCGUGGCUGCUUUGGCUGAAGCUGCCAACCCGUACGGUAUUGAGAGUUUCGAUGAGAUCCUCAACCCCUUGUGGACUGGAGCUCGGAAGCAGCGUGGUAAGGGUCUGGCAGCCUUCUUGAAGGCCGUUGGUUACAUCAUCCCUCUCAUGGACGAGGAGUACGCCAACUACUACACUAGUCAGAUCAUGGAGAUCCUUCUGCGUGAAUUCUCCUCCCCCGACGAGGAGAUGAAGAAGGUUGUCUUGAAGGUAGUAUCGCAGUGUGCUAGCACUGACGGUGUGACAGCCAGCUACCUAAAGGAACACGUGUUGACCGACUUCUUCAAGAGUUUCUGGGUGCGUCGUAUGGCUCUGGACAGGAGGAACUACCGCCAAGUUGUUGAUACGACCGUGGACCUCGGCCAGAAGGUCGGCGUGGGUGAGAUUCUGGAGCGUGUUGUGAACAACCUCAAGGAUGAAAGCGAGCCCUACCGGAAGAUGACUGUGGAGACCGUGGAGAAGCUUAUUGCAGCCCUUGGAGCUGCUGAUAUCUCCGAGAGACUGGAGGAACGACUCAUUGAUGGUGUUCUCUAUGCCUUCCAGGAACAGAGCAUCGAGGAUAUCGUGAUUUUGAACGGUUUUGGAACAGUGGUCAACGCCCUGGGCACUCGCUGCAAGCCUUACCUCCCUCAGAUUGUCAGUACCAUCCUCUGGCGGUUGAACAACAAGUCCGCCACGGUCCGUCAGCAGGCUGCGGAUCUCAUCUCGCGUAUUGCAAUGGUCAUGAAGCAGUGUGGAGAAGACGCUCUGAUGGGCAAGCUUGGUAUCGUACUCUACGAAUACUUGGGUGAGGAGUACCCUGAGGUACUUGGUUCUAUCCUUGGUGCUCUCCGUUCGAUCGUCACUGUCGUCGGUAUCAACCAGAUGCAGCCUCCUAUCAGAGAUCUGCUGCCUCGACUCACUCCUAUCUUGCGUAACCGUCACGAAAAAGUGCAGGAGAACACCAUCGAUCUGGUCGGUCGUAUCGCCGACCGUGGUCCCGAAUCGGUCAACGCCCGUGAAUGGAUGCGUAUCUGCUUCGAGCUGCUGGACAUGCUGAAGGCUCACAAGAAGGGUAUCCGUCGUGCUGCCAACAACACAUUCGGUUUCAUCGCCAAGGCCAUCGGUCCCCAGGAUGUGUUGGCGACGCUGCUGAACAACCUUCGUGUCCAAGAGCGUCAGUCCCGUGUCUGUACUGCCGUCGCCAUCGGUAUCGUGGCUGAGACUUGUGCGCCUUUCACCGUCCUGCCGGCCCUGAUGAACGAAUACCGUGUUCCCGAACUGAACGUCCAGAACGGUGUGCUCAAGGCCAUGUCCUUCUUGUUCGAGUACAUUGGCGAGAUGGCCAAGGAUUACGUCUACGCGGUCACGCCCCUUUUGGAGGAUGCUCUCAUCGAUCGCGACCAGGUGCACCGGCAGACCGCAGCCAGUGUUGUAAAGCACAUCGCGCUGGGCGUGGUUGGUCUGGGUUGUGAAGAUGCCAUGGUGCAUCUGCUGAACCUGGUGUUCCCCAACAUCUUCGAGACCAGUCCCCACGUCAUUGACCGUGUCAUUGAAGCCAUUGAUGCGAUCCGGAUGGCAGUUGGCACCGGUGUGGUCAUGAACUACGUGUGGGCGGGCUUGUUCCACCCGGCGCGCAAGGUGCGCACGCCAUAUUGGCGACUGUACAACGAUGCGUACGUGCAGAGUGCGGACGCGAUGAUUCCCUACUACCCCGGCCUGGAAGACGAUGGUCUGGACCGGACUGAGUUGUCUAUCAUAGUUUGAACAAAAGCUAUCCAGCGCGUGUCAUUUACCAUCAUCUUCUGUCUCUGUACCCUUUUUCUGCCGUGUGCUUUUCCAUCUAUCUUCAACAUAUUGGGGCUUGUUCAAUUACGGUGUUUCUCUGGCGGGAUUUGGCGUGUCUGAACCAUCUUUAUCUAAGAUAUAGUAGUCUAUGGCAAUAUCCAACAUUUCAACGUUCAAUUUAAU